GUAGGCAUGUGUGUGGUUGUUUACCAUCAACAGUGAUGAUGGUGGAUGAUCAACGGUCACUAAGAUGAUGAUAGUCAGUGUUGAUGCUUGUACCAUCUCUCACACAUCACCAUGCAGUGAUGGCAGAGUCAUGGUGCUUCCUUCCUUCACUAUCCUGGACGCCACCUUCAUGGUGGUGUCUAUGGUGACAUUCAUGGUGGACGUCGCUACUGAUAUUAAUUUAGUAGUAAGAUACUUCUUGGCUGGAUCAAUACUAUGGGCAGGACUGACUCUGGUUUUAGUGUUGUUGCCAGCAGUGAUAGUCAUGGUGUUGUCCAUGCGAUGGCACAUUGUCGAUGAACAUCCCACUACCAAGUGCUACUGGGUGGCACACGUUUGUCUCUGGGGUAUAAUGCAUCGGUAUGUGAUAAUGUUUGAGACAGGAUUAAAGGCACGCAGGACGCAAGAAAUGGCCGUUUUUGAUGAUCUCUUCCGGCAGCAGAGUGAUGUUUGCAUGUUGCGUAUGUUCGAAUCUUUCAUGGAGUCUGCCCCUCAGUUAGUCUUGCAGCUCUACAUUAUGAUGUGUUACAGUGAUUACAGUGUCUGGACAGCUUUGACAGCAUUUACAUCGAUGUUAUCCCUGGGUUGGAGCAUAGCAGCUUAUACUAAAGCCAUGCGCAACACUCGUCUCGACAAACACAAGAUGUCAAUAUCUGGACUAGUCUUACAGACAGUCUGGCGUGUUGGCAUGAUUGCUGCACGGGUGGGAGCUCUAGCUCUCUUAGCCACUGUCUUGGAUGGCUGGUUUCUUUUAAUCAUGGGUUUUCAUGUGGCAGCAAUGUUUGUAUGGGUGGUGAGUCAGAAAACUGGCUUCAGCUUAACAAAAUGGGAAGAGUGUGUUUUUAAUUUCAUCAUGGCAGUUACUUACUGCUUUUGUUUCUUUAAUCUCAGGGAGGGACCUUCACGCUGGAGAAUGUUAACCUUCUACAUGGUGGUGGUGGCAGAGAACAUUGUGUUUGUCUUAAUAUACUACCUCUUAACACACCACAAGCCCUGGGUGAGGUAUACAGCACUGGCUCUGGUGUUUGGAGGCUUGACGCUAGGUUUAUCAUGCAUGGUCCUCUAUUACCGAUUUUUCCAUCCCAUGGGCCCCUUAAAGCUCUUUCAAGAAGAAUGUAAAGAAGAAAAAGAUACUGAGAAAGGCAAACUUUCUCCUGCAGAAUGGGCUGGACCUACUCCUCCUAGUUGUAAUGCCAUAACAAGAAACAAUACAAACAGGUUAUCUAAUAGAAGAGACUUCAAGUAUAUGUAUCCUGUUGUGCCAAAAUCUCCAAACAGUGUUUUGUCAGCUCCUGGAGUCAGCCUAGAAAGCUCACCUGCCUCAUGUGAUUCAACUCCGGUAUCUACUCUACCAUAUUUACAGGAUCAGAAGCCUUUAGGAAUCAUGUGCUCAGUGCAAGAUCUUCUGGCGAAUGUGUCAUGCAGCAGUGAUAUUGAAAUAGAUACUUUGCCACAGGAAGAAAAUAGUGAAGACAAUGUUUUAAGUGAUAGGUUUAACAGGUCUGACAUUGGUGAUGGGCCAGAGGAACAGCAGAAAUUAAGUCCAAGUUCUUUCGAAAGAAGUGUUAAUAGGGAACUAAACUUCAGAUUAUCCUCAUCAGAAUUUGAAGGUGUGGAUCAAGUAGAUCAAAUUAAAGAAAGCUCUCAAGAGAGAAGCAGUGAUAAGAGAGAGUCUAUACAGUGCUGCACUCAGAUGGUACCUAGCGCACAGUAUUACUCUCAAAUAGGAAUACCUAACAUGUGUCAAUAUCAGAUAACUAGAAAUGGUAUGAUCAACAAACAAGAAGAGGACAGGAUUUUGGAUAAUAUUUCCCAUUCUCUUAGUAGUCAAAAUAAUAUGUUUAGUAAAGUUUAUCAUAGCCUAACUAGAUACUCUAGUCCCAACAAUGUUGGUCUUCCCCAUAAGUCAGUAAGUACAAGUCAGACCAGUCUGAAUAGAUUACGAAGGACUGAUAGCUAUUACAAAAGUAUUUUAAGAAAUAGUGUGCGGCAAGAAGACCAGAUAAUCUCUGAUACUGAUAUAAGACUGACUUCAUUACCUUGUAUCACAAGUACUAUAAAUGUUACCUCUGAGUCUCAGGAUGCUAAUAGAAAUGGUUCUGAAGACUUAUCUCUUGCAAAACCUCAUUUGCCAAAUGUAGAAUUAGCAGUAAUUGACAGAAUGCACAUAAUAGAGAUAGACUCACCUGAAAAGAGUUCAAGAUGCCAGACAAAUUAUAAAAAUAUUUAUGGAGGAAAAGAUAAUCUUGAUAGAAAUCUUGCAACUAAACCUUUUAACUUCAUUAUCCAGAACUUUAAUGAAACCCAAACAACUCUGUCAUCUGUACCUCAUGAUUAUGAAAACAUAUGUGCUAUUAAUAUCAACAGGGAAAUGUGGGGAGUCAGGCACUGGAAAACUUAUUCAGAUAUUGAAGAUAGAAUUCAUGACAAUAGUACAACAAAAGAGAGAUUGAAAGUGCUAGACAGUACUUUGUCUUCAAGUUUUCAUUCUGAGCAUAGUAUACUGAAGGGCAUUCAGAGUCGUAGGUCACUUAGUAUGAUUGAUGAUUGCGAGUCAGUGUUAUCUAGAUCAUUACCUGAUUUAAGUACACUCAAAUUAGAAACUUGUCUUGAAGAACCAGAGGAAGAAGAAGAUGCUGUUAUAUCUCUUCCGGUUAAAGUGAAAGAUAACAAGAGACUCAUGGACACUCUUGAUCAGCUGAGAGCUGCCAGACCUGUAAAUAAAUCAAAUUCUGUUAAUGAUAUCCCAAACUAUGAAACCAUAUGGAUAGGAGGCGUGGAAAAGCCAGUGAGUGAUAACUUUUCCUCCACAAUUACUUCUUCAAAUAGCAGGUCAUCUCUUGUUGUUACUAUUGGUGAUGUUCAUGCAAAAGAAUCACUCUGCAAUCUUUAUUACUCUACCAUGUCUGAUCUAUCUUUCAGAUAUUAUAGUGAGAGAAUGAGAAAGAAUAACUCGGUAGGUUCUCUUGCUUCUAGACGAAGCACAAGAGAUAUUUCUCGAGAAAUGAUGCGUGCCAUUUCUGUACCAGAUAACAAAAUGCUGUUAGAAGUGAGUGAGUUGAUAGAAGAGCGAAAAGAAAUGGAAAAGGAAAAACAAAUGAGUGACAGAUCAGAAGCUUUCAGUUCAUUGGUUGUAAACCAGAGGGAUCCUGGGACUACACCUGUAGCCUCGGGGGAAUUCAACCGCCCUCGCCGCAAGUUCUCUGUACUACGCGAGAGAUUUGAACAUCCUAACCAGGUGCCCUCAAAAUCACCAUUAAAACAUAGACAGUCUGCUCAGAGGAGAAAUUCUCUACAAGAUCGUACUGCAAAGGCAUUACAAGCAGGCAUGAAAGUCUUUAGAAGACCCAGAGUUCAUGUCAUAACGCCAAAGAAAGAUGAUAACAAGGACACUCCCCGUCUUAAAAGUCCUUUUAAAUCUAAGAGUGUCACUCCAUCAACUCCAGCAAUAAAAAUUAGCUUGGAAACUCCUACAGAGUUCAAACCCAAGUCUACAGCAGAAAGUGAAAUAACAAAGUCAGUUCAGAGAACACCACAUGUUAAAACUCCAACUGAUCACAAAAUAGCAAAGGGAACACCAAAGACCAGCACACCCGAUAACUUAAAGCAAGCUUUAGCAAGAAAAGUAACAGUGGCUGUUGAUCCAAAAAAAGUAACUAAAAUAACUGAGGGGCCAAAGACCAGCACUCCUGAAGGCAAUAAGCAGUUACCUCAAAUAAGUAUUCUUAGUGCUGUGUCGAGUGUUGUUCCAUCACCAGAAAACCCACAUUCGAGGAUUCCACUAUCAGAAAAUCUUCGUCAAAAUGUGGUAAGCUCUAAAUCUUCGACUAUGCAAGUUAUCCAAGAAAUGGGAUGUACACAAAAAGUUAUACACCAAGCUGCUUCAUACAGUUCAGUUCUUCCAGGAAAGACUGUUCUUAAUUUAAAGAAUUCUAGGACUUCUGUAAGUGAUGAAAAUAAUCUGGAAAUUCUGUAUAAGAAUCCCUCUAUAUCAGGUAUGCAACAGUCACAAAGUCUUGUAAAUUUGAAAGCUGUUCAGACAUCUCCUAGAGAUGAUCCUAGAUUCUCUGGUGGUCAAAUAAUGUUUUCUGGUGCUUUAGGUCUUCCUCAAUAUCAUCCUGACCCCAGACCAAGUAUAAUUAAUAUUUCUGAAGCCACGGAAUGCCCCCAGAAUCAGCAAAAUAUUUCCAUUAGUCAUGUUAUUCUGUCAUCUCAGUCACCCAAAUUCAAUAUGCAAAAGUCUACUUUGUCUCCAAAUUCCAAAAUAUUUUCAAGGCGAAUAUAAAUUAGAACUUCAGUUUAUGUUCCGUAUGUUCACAAGUAUAUACCAGUGAUUUACACUCACUUUGUCUUCGGAUCAGAAUUAUAUGCAGUUCAUAUUGCAUUAUUCAUAUCACUGCCAUGUCUACCUCAUUUUUUGUAGUGUUAUUCACACUGCCUAGUAAUUGUUUUUUACAAGUCUGGUCCUGAGGAGCAUUAAUGGCAUAGUUUAUUUGUUUUUCCAAUAAUUUGGUACAUAAUUUUGAAAGUGUUUGAGGUAUCACAUUAAGAAUGUAGUAUUGAUAGAUGUGUCACAAUCCUAAACUAUGUUCAUGUGCCACAGUUAUGAGGGUGAAAGGCCAAGAAGUGGUUGGCCUAACAUUGCACAAGCAUAUCUUUUAAACAUUUUGUCAGGAUGAUAUACUUUGUUUGCACCAGCUAAGCUUGUCAUGUUCUGUGUUUAGUACGUAUAUGUCUUAUCGCAAAGUUCUUGAAGUUUCAGGUAUUUGUAGCACUUACUAUUUCUUAUAAAUCAUGCCAUCAUUCAUUCACUUUGUUAGUUUAUAGUUAUGACCACUUGGUUUACCUGUUGACUGGAUUACUAAGUCUUCCUUAUCUAAUCUUUGAUCCUUUAUUUCUAUAUUGUUGCCUGCAGUUUUUCCACAUUUUCUCGACAUGUAAAUGCAGUACCUCAUUACAAGUAUACUGUAGUAUCUGUAGGUCCUUCUAAGAAAACAUAAUUAUCUAUUUAUCCAUUAUAGAAAACUUAAAAUAAUUAUUUAUUUUUCUAUCUCAGAAAGCAUGUAUAAAUAAUAAUUAUGUACUUGUCCAUCUUGAGAAACCUACAUUAAUUGCUUACACUUCAUUUACAAUUCUUCUCUUGACAUCUUAUUUGCAUGCAUUUGAAUAGCCAUGGAUUCCCAGUCAAAAAGGUCUGUUUAAUUUUCUUUUCUCACUCCUUGCUAUAUAUUUUACAUCCUUCACAUAGAGUAUUCAUUUCUUAUUUUCAAACAAAUUAAACAUUUCUACCUUGAUAAAUUCUAUAAUUUUAUUCCUGCCUCUGCUCAUAUAAUUUCUAAAUAAAUUAGGUCAAGUGAAAAAUAUUUUGUUAGAAUUAACUGUGUAAUCUUGCUUAAUAAUGUUCUUUUGUAAUAGAAGUAGCUCCUGACACAAGAGUAUAUUGGAAUAAUGUUUUUUAAUUCUUCAUUGAAUUGGUAAUUUUUUAACGCACUGGCCGUUGAGGUAUAUGUGGAGACAAAAAACUUUAUCUAUGGAGGCAAAGAAAGGAAUGUGUGAAAGUAUAGUGGUACCAACACCCUUAUAUGAGUGUGAAGCUUGGGUUGUAAAUGCAGCAGCGAGGAGACGGUUGGAGGCAGUGGAGAUGUCCUGUCUAAGGGCAAUGUGUGGUGUAAAUAUUAUGCAGAAAAUUUGGAGUGUGGAAAUUAGGAGGUGUGGAGUUAAUAAAAGUAUUAGUCAGAGGGCAGAAGAGGGGUUGUUGAGGUGGUUUGGUCAUUUAGAGAGAAUGAAUCCAAGUAGAAUGACAUGGAGAGCGUAUAAAUCUGUAGGGGAAGGAAGGCGGGGUAGGGAUCGUCCUUAAAUAGGUUGGACGGAGGGGGUAAAGAAGGUUUUGUGGGCGAGGGACUUGGACUUCCAGCAAGCGUGCAUGAGUGUGUUAGAUAGGAGUGAAUGGAGACGAAUGGUAUUUGGGACCUGACGAGCUGUUGGAGUGUGAGCAUGGUAAUAUUUAGUGAAGGGAUUAAGGGAAACCGAUUAUUUUUAUAUAGCCGGACUUGAGUCCUGGAAAUGGGAAGUACAAUGCCUGCACUUUAAAGGAGGGGUUUGGGAUAUUGGCAGUUUGGAGGGAAUGGUGUGUAUCUUUAUACGGAUAUGCUUCUAAACUGUUAUAUUCUGAGCACCUCUGCAAAAACUGAUUAUGUGUGAGUGAGGUGAAAGUGCUGAAUGAUGAUGAAAGUAUUUUCUUUUUGGGUCACCAUACUUUGGUGGGAGACGGCCAACUUGUUAAAAAAAAAAGAACACUAAAAAAAAUCACGGUAAACUGCCUCUGUUGUAUUUCUGCUUUGGGUGGGUUACUCAGUAGAU